AUGACUCCAAGUACACUCAAAAAAUUACAUGAUACAUUCGAUGACUUUGAUGAUGAUCUUGACGGAAACAUCGAGUUAACAAUGUUAGAAAAAGCAAUUCGUGCUUUUGGAUUGAAUCCAACAGAAGAAGAAAUAAUUGCAGUAAACAGGGAUAUAUCAGCAUAUGACCAAGUUAACUUUAAUCAAUAUGCAUAUUUUGUUUAUCAUAUAGCAAGAUAUUCUAAUUGUCGUGAUGAACUUGUUAGCGCAUUCAAAGUUUUUGAUCGCGAUGGUACAGGAAAGAUUAAACAAGCAACUGCAAUUGAAGUUCUGAAGAAUUGCAACCAACCUUUCGAAGAACAGCAGAUCAAGCGUCUAUUUUCACAGCUUGAGGUAGAUAAUGGAUUUAUCGAUUAUAAUAUACUUGUUGAUAUCCUUCUUAAUGAUUAA